GAAUUUUAAGUGCUUCAUCUUUCAUAUUCAUCAUUAAUCUCUCCCAAGUAGCAAAUUUAAGAAUGGCUUCACCACCUCACCAGCUCCACUUUGUAUUGAUACCAUUAAUGGCCCAGGGCCACCUUAUACCUAUGUCAGACAUAGCCAAAAUAUUGGCACAGCGUAAUGUAGCUGUCACCAUAAUCACCACACCACUCAAUGCCAUCCGUAUUAAAACCACCAUAGAUCGAGCUGUUCAAUCUGGGCUACCCAUCAGAAUUGCUGAACUUCAAUUUCCAUAUGCUGAGGUUGGUUUGCCAGAAGGAAGUGAAAGCAUAGACUCUCUACCUUCACCAAGCUUUAUCAAAAGUUUUUUGACAGGGAUAAGCUUGUUGCAGCAACCGCUAGAACAGUUGUUUGAAGAGCUCAACCCCUCUCCGUGCUGCAUAAUAACUGAUAAGCAUUUCGCAUGGACAGCUGAGACUGCAAACAAGUUUCAUGUUCCAAGGAUUUUGUUCGAUGGGACAAACUGUUUCCAUCUCUUGUGCACUCACAAUUUACACGUUUCCAAGGUCUGCGAGAGUGUUUCUGAUUCACAAACUUUUGUCGUACCCGGAUUGCCAGAUCAUAUUGAAUUCACAAAAGCUCAGCUACCAGGAAACUUCAAUCCAGGCUUAAACAAAGAUCUGAUUGGUUUUCGUGAAACGGUGAGAGAAGCUGCAGCAGGAGCAUAUGGAGUGUUAGUUAACAGUUACGAAGAGUUGGAACCAGCAUAUGUCCAGGAAUACAGAAAGGCGAAAGGAGAAAAGAUAUGGUGCGUUGGUCCAGUGUCUUUAUGCAACAAGGAGAGCUUGGACAAGGCUCAAAGGGGUAACAAGGCCUCCACAGAUGAAAACCAGUGCUUGAAGUGGCUUGAUUCAUGGGCACCAGGUUCUGUAAUAUAUUCAUGUCUAGGAAGCCUUAGUCGCCUUACACCUCCACAAUUGAUAGAGCUUGGUUUAGGCUUGGAAGCAUCGAAAAGGCCAUUCAUUUGGGUAAUAAGAGGUGGAUAUAAAAGAGAAGAAAUGGAAAACUGGUUAUUGGAAGAUGGCUUUGAAGAAAGAGUGAAAGGAAGAGGGUUCUUGAUCCGGGGUUGGGCACCACAAGUACUAAUACUAUCGCAUCCAGCAAUUGGUGGGUUCUUAACUCACUGUGGUUGGAACUCAACACUGGAGGGGAUUUCUGCUGGCAUCCCAAUGAUAACUUGGCCCUUGUUUGCCGAACAGUUUUUUAAUGAGAAGCUUAUUGUACAGGUAUUGGAGAUUGGUGUAAGGGUGGGAGCUAAAGUGGUUAUACACUUGGGGGAGGAAGAGAAUUUUGGGGUGAUGGUGAAGAGGGAGAAUGUUAAGGAGGCCAUAGACAUGGUGAUGGGUGAAGGAGAAGAAAAAGAAAAGAGAAGAGAAAGAGGAAGAAAGCUUGCAGAGAUGGCAAAUAAGGCAAUUGAAGAGGGAGGAUCUUCUUACCUUAACAUUACACUGCUUCUUGAAGACAUCAUGCAACAAGCAAAAAAAAAUCAAGCUAUUCAGGCAUGAGAGAGAGAGAGAGAGAGAGAGAUGACGUGUUCUUGCUUUAAUGCAAAUAAAACAAGUACGAAAGAAAUCUAAACGAUGGAUUAAUUGUAUUUAGCCCCCAAGAGUAUGGGUGAAUCUCAAUCUUCUCAUAAAUUAUCAAAUCAUGUAUUUUAUUUCUGACU